CCCAGACAGUUUUGCAUUUGAUAGAUCCGUAACACUGUCGAGGAUGAUCAUGGUGGUCGUCCGGAUCAUUUUCCUGUGCUGCUGGAAAAGUAGUUCUGCUGGCGUGCGGUGGAGGAGGAACAAGAAUCGUAGUUGUCCCUUCUUCGUUCUCUCCUUGGUUCUUCGUUUGCUUGUGUUGCCUCCAUAUCUGCACCACAACUAUUGGAGGGACGACCACUGCACAACUACAAAUGG